AUGGCUUCGGGCCCAUGUGUCGAGCCUUGUGCGAAUCCUCCAAUGCAAGAGGUGCAAAUCGAAGAGCAGAUCGUGGAGGUUCCCACGGUGCUGUAUCAGGAAAAAGUGGUGGAGGUGCCCAAGGUACAGGAGACGAUCCUUCUAAAGCAAGUUCCGCGGGUUGAGAUGAACUGGCAUCUGACCAUGGGCACAUUUCGUGUGUUUGAGCCGAUGGCAGCCUUGCUGAUGUUAUGUUGGGCGAGCAGGGCUUUCUUGUGGUGGCCCGUGCGAGAACCGAAAGUUGCACGGUAUGGCUUGGUCGACAAGCUUCGUGCAAAAGGCAACCGGGCCAAGCCGCAGCUCCGCCAGGUGGAUGGACCCGUUCCGCUGUCGUCGGCACUACCGCCAGGUUCCACAGCACCUGAGUUGCGAGCACGUGCACAUCGUUUGAUCGAUGGCCAGCCAGACCUGCUAGACACGGUGAAGAAGUCAUCGGAUUUCCUUCUCGUGCCCAUGCGACCAGAGGAUGCUCAAGACCUAGCAGAUUUGCAGGAAGAGUGGUUUCCAAAGGAAUCCUGCAGAGGAGGUGAGCCUUGGUGUGCCCAGCUGCUGCGUCAUCCCGGCGUCAUAGCGUUUAAAGCCACGAUCCCCCAGGAUGAAACAGCUGCUCCAGUUGGCAUUGUCGUGGCCCUCGCAAGCCGCGAGGCUAUAGAGGAGUUUGCUGGUGAAGAUACCGCAGACAUGCUGCGAGCCGAUGUGGCACGUCCCAAGUACAUCGCCUGGGACAGUGCCGAUGGCAGAGAGCUUGGCUACGUGCUGAGUCUAGGCAGCCUGGGAGAGCUCCGGCGCCGUGGCCUCGCAUCUGCGCUGCUCCGCCGGGCGAUGAGUGCCCUACGCACCGCGGCCAAGCCCAGAGAGGAGCUCUUCGGAGGCACGGGUGGUCCAAAAGACACAUCGCUCAGAGCUGUGGCCUUGCACCUUGCAGGCUACAACCGUGUGGCUCGAGCCUGCUACGAACGUGCCGGGUUCGAACUGCUGAAGGAGGAGCCAGACUGCUACGCAGGUGCCGGCAGAGAGAAGCACUCGUCCUUGCUGCAGCCUGGAAGAUUCAUCGUUCAUAGUUUGACGGCACUCGGGAGCUUGUGGCAGAUAUUAGCCGCCAAGGUGCAGGAAGUGACCAAAGAAGUGGCGAGACCAGUCUACGAGGUGACUGAGAAGAUCGUAGAAGUACCCCACGUCUUGAUACAGGAGCGGAUCGAAGAGGUUCCGAAGAUCGAGUAUGUGAACCUGGUGAAACAGAUCCCCAAAACUCAAGUGAGGGAGGUGCAAAAGCAGGUCGGUGUGCCGGUUUACCAGUGCCGGGAACGAGUGGUCGAGGUUCCCACUGCAAUGGUUGCUGAGCAGAUGGUCGAGGUUCCCCAAGUUCAUGUCGAGGAGCUUGUGAAGGAAGUGGCGCGACCGGAGGUGCAAGUCGUGGUGAAGCCCAUUGAAAAACCAGUCAACGAGUAUGUGGAGAGGGUUGUGGAGAUUCCACAUACGACGAUUCAGGAAUGCAUCGUCGAGGUGCCGAAGGUAGAAGUGCACGAGCUGGUGAAGCAGGUUCCUCGGCAUGAGGUCCAAGUGGUCGACAAGCAGGUGGAGACGGUGGAAGUUCAGUAUGUGGAAAAGGUUGUGGAGGUUCCGCACGUCAUCUACGAGGAGAAGAUCGUGGAAGUGCCCACCGUAGAAGUUCGCGAGGUGAUAAAGCAGGUUUCCAAGCCCGAGGCCUCCAAUGCUGCACAGGUCUGGUUAGACACCGAUUUAGGGGGCAAAGACCAAGUAGCCAAGGAAAGGUACAGAUGUCUGAAUGUCGCUGAUUCUGUGAGCUCGGAGCUUUUGCAUUGGCUCCCAGCCUGA